AUAAAAUACGCUAACGCGUAUAUCAUUUCAUAAGAAAAUGAAUUACCUUGUAUUCAUUUUUCCCUUUCUGUUCUUCGCUAUCGUUCCUGCCACAACACUAAAGCUCACGGCUUAUCAGACGUGCUACAAAGAGUGCAAUAACAAAGUGUAUGAGGAACCACUAAAAUUCGUCAGUAAAAACUCUAAGGCCGAGUUAAAGGACGCAGAGAAGGAGUUCACGUGUUACAAGAGGUGCUAUGAUCGUCUGACAGACAAAGAGCGUCAGGACAAUAAGCAAAGGAUCAGUACAUUGCCACCAGUUUUGAAAGCGCUCUUGCAGAAAGUGUUGAGGUCAAAGGCAAAGAAAUAAGAAACAUCAACUUUACGAAUUGCAAUAA